ACAUAUCAAGCACCCGUGUACCCCACCUCCCCUCCGUAGCAUCAUCGACCCCCAUUGCACCCCCCUCCCUCUCUUGCUCCGGCAAGCCUCUUGCUGGAUCUCUUCCCCAUGGCUUCCACCGCGUUCGCCGCGGCCACUGCACCCAGCUCUGCCUCCCUCAAGGUUGCUGGAUGUAAUGGAUUCUCCGACUUCUCCGGAAUGAAGAGCACCAACGCUGUCACAUUUGGCAAGCGCUCCGAUGACCUCGCCACCAUUGUAUCAGCUCAGUCCGCAGUGGCUGCCAGCUCCGGCGCCACCAGGGCCGUCACCGAGGCCAAGAUUAAGGUCGCCAUCAAUGGAUUCGGACGCAUCGGUCGUAACUUCGUCCGCUGCUGGCAUGGGAGGAAGGACUCACCCUUGGAUAUUGUUGUCAUCAACGACACCGGAGGCGUGAAGCAGGCGUCUCAUUUGUUGAAGUACGACUCCAUGCUCGGGACAUUCGAUGCCGAUGUUAAGGUGGAGGGCAAUGACGCCAUCAGCGUGGACGGCAAGGUCAUCAAGGUGGUGUCCGACAGGAACCCACUCAACUUGCCAUGGGGGGACAUGGACAUCGAUCUCGUCAUCGAGGGAACCGGAGUGUUUGUGGACGAGGCCGGUGCUGGCAAGCACAUCCAGGCUGGAGCCAAGAAGGUAUUGAUCACCGCUCCAGGCAAGGGUCCCAUCCCUACCUACGUGGUGGGAGUGAAUGAGCAAGACUACAAGCACUCUGACACCAUCAUCAGCAACGCCUCCUGCACCACCAACUGCUUGGCACCCUUCGUGAAGGUGUUGGAUGAGAAGUUCGGCAUCAUCAAGGGUACCAUGACGACCACUCACUCAUACACCGGUGACCAGAGGCUGCUGGAUGCGUCCCACCGCGAUUUGAGGAGGGCUCGCGCUGCUGCUCUCAACAUUGUGCCCACCUCCACGGGAGCUGCCAAGGCCGUGGCGUUGGUGCUGCCCAACUUGAAGGGCAAGAUCAACGGAAUUGCCCUGCGUGUGCCAACCCCAAACGUGUCGGUUGUGGACUUGGUCGUCCAGGUGGAGAAGAAGACCUCCGCCGAAGAGGUGAAUCAGGCAUUCAGGGAUGCCUGCAACACCGACCAGCUGAAGGGUGUGUUGGCAGUGUGCGACGAGCCACUCGUGUCAGUAGACUUCAGGUGCACUGAUGUGUCAUCGACCGUGGACUCAUCUUUGACAAUGGUGAUGGGAGAAGACAUGGUGAAGGUUGUUGCGUGGUACGAUAACGAGUGGGGAUACUCCCAGAGGGUGGUUGAUUUGGCAAACCUUGUUGCUGAGAAGUGGCAAUAGAUCUCUUCAUGUAACAAUUGCAGGCGAAGUUCAAUUUUAGUGCAGCUGCAGUCCCGGAUUGAUUACUUUGAAUCUGGAUGUCGCUGGUUCUUUGUAUGGUUUUACGUCACUCCUAUUUAUCCUAGUGUAGGUCCGAUGUAGCGAGUGAUGGAAUGGUUCAAUACUCGAAUAGACGGGUUUGCAAUUGCAAAUGUGUCUUGAAAGUGGAAACGAACUUCAAAUAGUGCGUCCCAACCUGUAUUAAUUCGUCCAUCUAAUCUAUCCGCCACCUCGAAAAUGGGAAUUUUUUUUCUUA